AUAGCAAUAUAUAAUGUGUACAAAAUUUAUAAGUGGCCAAAAAUAAACUGAUAGUUGGAGAACUAAAAAUGAAAAGUCCUUGAGAACUAGUCUCGUGGGGAGUGCGCCUACGUCACUGACGGGAUUUUUGUAGGUAUGUAUAUCACUAGCAAUGGCCCGAUUGGCCAACAAAGCCUUGUCGGCGGCCAUUUUGUUCGAUGCUGAGUCACCAAAAGGUGAAAAAUGUACAUGAAUUAAUGCGCACUCCCCACGAGACUAUACAACGGUAUUGGGCAUUUCCCUCGUGAACACAAAAUUUGGGUUUCAUGUUCCCUCGACCGCAGCGUGGAAACGAAAAUAUUUUUUUCUGCGGAUAACAAAGUUGUUUCAGCAUUAUUAUGACUUUAAUUGAAUUUUUAUAUGCCGGGUAAAUACUUCAUUUAAAAGUUAGAAACGUCAAGACGGAAGUUUACAUCGCAGUCCUAGUUGCCGAGAUCCUCGAGCAGACGCGUAAUCCAAUUGGCGACUUCAAUGAGAUUAUAAAAAACACUGAUAACAAUUAAACAACCGGAAGUGUGUGCUGUGAAUCGCUAAUCUGUCAAAUAGUGAGUGAUAAUUUGAUGUUGUGUACAUCAGUUCCAAUGUUUACGAUGUGUGAUUGAAGGUGCACAGUAACACGAUGUAGGCGGGAGUCAGAGUAACGUGAAACUGUAAAACUGUAGUGCCAAACAUUAAAUCAAGUGCAUUUUUCUGCACCAUAAUGACAGAACUUAACAAUGUCAAGAUAAAAACGGAGCGACCUGAUGAAGCCGAAAUCAGGGAACUGGCCGCUAAAAUGGUAGAAGCUAACAAAGCUAAAGCACUGGCUGCUUCAGUAGCCGCCGCGCGGCCUCAACCCGGAGCGCUCUUGGGAGCUCCGACUACGGCUGUCGGUGGUCAAAUGGGCAUUCUUAACUUCCUCACCAGAAAACCAGGCACCCAACAAACAUCAGAACAACGACCGACAUCAGACGACAAGAAGACACCAGCACCUGAUGAAGCUAGCUGGAAAGGUCACUUUGGUUGGGAUAUGCUUGGUAAAUGUCACAUACCAUACAUAUAUCGAUCAGGGGAGAAAUACGUGGCGGUUCGAAUGGUGGAGAUCAAACUUCUCAACAAGUACCUAAACUAUCUCCACGCUGACAUCUACUCCUGUACGUGUAUACGAAGUUACUACAUAACGGAGAUCGAGGCUCGACUACUCAACGAGAUCAACAACAGGCAUUGUGAUGGACAGUUUGGUCGUGAACCGUUUACGCAGAAGGACUUGGUAGUGAGGUUAUUAGACGCUUAUGAAUUUUAUAAUUUCUUAGACGUGUGUUACAACAAACUCUUACGUGGUACAACGAAUAACAAGGACAAGUGUGGCUUUAUUAGGAUAAACAAGGAGUCCGUAGUGCCAUACACAGUGCGGGAUGGACAGAAGUUUGUACCCUUAUUUUACUUUGAAGGCGAAACGGACAAUUUAAAGUUGAAGGCUGAUCAGUUAAAAGGUUGGGAUUUGUCCUAUUUGAAGUUCUGUUGUAAGGUGCAAGGUAUAAGAAAUGAAUUAUUUGCAAGUGAGACAUGUUCAGUGAUCAGUUUAACGGACAUUAAAAGUUAUUUUCCACCGGGCACUGAGUUUGAAGAGUACUGGCCUAACAAAGUUGUUGAUUCGCAGCUGCUGAUCUCUGCAAAGGGUUCAGUGUCUGGCGGUGGUCAGUGGACGAGAGCUCCGCCAGCGCCGCCACCGGGCGCGGUAAGCGGAGUGGUUGGUAGUGGUGUGUCCCUCGGCGUCACCAAUGUGAGCGCGUCUCGAGGCAGGCGGCCUACUCAGCGACACUCGGCCGCUUCGUCGGCCAUGCAGAUGCCUCACGCUGGCAUAUCCGCAGCCGCCGUACAGGCCCUCGCGAACGGCUGGAAUCUGCCCGGAGCGCUGACGCAAGCGCAGACGCAACAAGUCAUCAGGCUUGCACAGGCUCAAGUGGCGCAAGCGCAGGCCGCAGCGCGCUACAACAGCGCGGCGAUCGCGGCCGCCGCCGUCGCCAUGCCGCAGCACCGCUCGCAGCACAACCGGAACGUGCAGUUUCCGAACAGUGCAAUAACAAUGGCGAUGGGCCAGCAGCCGCCCCCACCUCUGGUGAGGAGUACGGCGAACACCACCACCAUGAAUGUUCCACCACAAGUCACUGGGUCAAUGAAUGGCCACUCAACCUCUCACUCCAUCGACACUCGCAAAAGGCUAACACCGAUACCAGACAUCAGUAUAAGUGGCAACCAUACGCCGUAUAAGGUACAAAAAGCAGUUGUAGAAAACACGAUGGUCCCCUGUAUCAACGCCAAGCCGUACCAGUACUCUGAGCUGCUGAUGACGCUGCCUGACCUCGCCAGCCACUUCUUCCCGCGCGUGUCGCUCACCACAUGUCGCGCCAUGCUCGACGCGCUGGGCCUCACACUCUUUAGGCCUAACACAACUCAACUUCAAGUACUACGAAACUCAGGCAAGUGUAAAUCCGCAGCGGCCGGCGAGAAUGGCAUGGCAUUGGUUCAAAUUCGAGAUGUGAUGCAGCACAUGUUGCAGUUCAAGUAUAUGAUGAGGUCGGGCCUCGCCGACGAGCCUCCGCACCAGCCACCGCGGCCUGCGCACGCGCCGCCCUCCUCCCACGCAAAACGAGCUAGAGCCAAUUAAUAUGCCAGUCAAUAUUCAAAAUAAAUGAAUUUCGGUGAAUGAGUGAUCGAACUAUAUAAAAAAAGUCGACAUUCAGAUCUGAAUAUAAUCUAAUGCAAAACAUUAUCAGUAUACAGAGCAUAAACUCGGGAUUAUAUCUGAAAAAAAAAAUGUUGAAUAAAUUUGAAUUGAACAAUCUAUCCCAAGUGAAAUUUGUGCGUAAUCAAUAAUGGUCUUAAAAUUAUUUUCACUACUUGCAGAACAGUUUAAAGAUAUGCUGAGAUAUUGUAAGACAUAUCAAGCAUAUUAUAUUCGAUGUAAGAUGUGUGAAAUUUAGUCCAAACAACAUUAGUGAUUCAAUCAGAAGCCGAAGAAAAGAAGAAAAUUUUAAUGAACAUUUGUGGUAAUGGCUAAUAACACUGCCAUUGUGUAAUAUAACGGUGUAAACGCGCAAACUAACGGGACAAUGGCUUACUAGUGUAUGGUGUCGAUGGGGAUUCCUUCUGUGUUGAGACUUUACAAUUGCUGUGUAUUAUAUGAUAAAAGUAAAGUCAACGUUUCAAAUUGUUUAUCAUCACAAACCACAUUAUAAUGGUAAAGUAUAUAUAUACAUAUAGUAUAUAUAAUAUUAAACACUAAUCUAGGUCAGGUCAAUUUCUAAUUUGUACAAAAUGUAUGAUACAAUGUUUAUCCCGAGUAUAAUUAAAUAAUGAUCUAUAAUAACUAUUUAAUAGAAGACUGAGAUUUUUAUUUUAUAAUUAUUUCAUAGAUCGAAGCUAUUGAUGUUGUAAACUAAUAAGAGUUUUAGUUGGUUUUAUGUUACAAGCGAGUUAAUGUUUUAUGUACCAUAUAUUAAAUAUUUACUAUGUUUUGGAGCACUUUAGCUUUAAUUCUAGUAAAUAAUGUAAAUUUUGUCUUAUUCACUGUCAACGACACUAAAUGGACGUGUUUAUACAUUUGUAUGGCUAUUGAAUUUAGUUUUAGUAAUUACGCUUUAAAUUAUCAUCACAAUUGAAAAUGAUUUCACAACAAAUUGUCACAUGUUCAAUGAGAUUGAAAGUAGACACAGUGAUUGGUACUAAUACAUCUAUGUUUAACCUGAACAUAAAAUACCUUUGUCAUAUUUUAAACUGUAAAUUAAAAAGUAUAUUGUUAUAUGAAUUAUCAUAAUAUGUACAUUAAUAAGUAUUAUAAUUUCGUGGCCGUAAUUAUUUUGUUUGUCACGUUGGUAAAUCACUAACAAAUGCACAUGCAAUGCUUUUCUAAAAUCUUAGUUAAUAUUUUUCUAUUGGAUCAGGAAUAAGAGAGCAAACAAUCUUUCUAUAUAUUAUUAAUAUUAAAAACUGCAAUGAAAAGUGCAUUUUUAAUAUAUUACAUUAUAAUAAUGUAAUAAUUGUUUGCUGUAGUUAUUAAUGUCUUGAAAUUCCUGAUUGCACCAGUGACAAAGUAUUUAAUAGAUAUAUUAAUGUAAGCUCACAUUUUUAGGUAAAUUUAGAACAGGUUCCUAUAGUUAACUAAUAUUGGCUUUGUCAGGGCUUCAUCAUAUUAAUCAAACAUUUAAUAAGUGGUUGUAAUAAGCCAAUUUUUAAAAUUAUAUUGGUAAAAUUAAAAGAUGUUUUUAAGUGAAUUUGAAAUUUAUAUAUCGAAAUUGGAAUUGAAUGAACUAUAUCUAGGAAAAAAUAAAAAAUAAUGCCAACAUGACCAAUUACUGAAUAUUAUAAUGUCAAGUAAUAUUAAACAUAAUGAAGCUUUGACUCAUCAGUAAGUUCAGGCAACGUCUGAAAUAGGUUCGGUAACUACACAAUUUUUAUUUAUUUUGGUGUAAGUUAGUCUAGACAUAUAAGAUUGCUUCAUGUUAUGAAGUUCAAACUUGAUAUAAAUUACCUUAUGCUAAUGCAGAGCUGUGUAAAUUGCUAAAUUAUUUAUGGUGUAGAUUUAAGAAACAGUAUUUGAUAUGUUAUCACAUUUAAAACGCAAUAGAUAUCCAGAUUGCAAUGUCGUUUGUAGAGUCUUUGACUCUGUAUUACAGAAUAAAAGGAUUCUUUAUUAAA